UGAUCACGUGACAGGCCGAGUGCGGUGCGGACGCGCGGUGCCGAGCAGUGAAGAUGGCGGACGGCGGAGGAGACGCGGAGCUGGAGUACAGAGACGAAGCGUUCCUCGACCACGACACCUUCUUCGCCAUGGAGAGCUUGCAGGCCACGCUGCAGCACCUGGAGGCCCUGCUGCGGCAGAGCGAAGUGUCCGAGGCUUCCUCCAGCGAGUACUGCGACAACUUCUGUCAGGCUCUGAUGCACUAUGCUGGGAGUCGAAACUCGAUAGAGCACGGACUCACGCUGCUGGAGGUCUACUGUCUCUCCAUCAACUGCUUCGCUUCGGCCAGGCCACACCUGACAUCCAGUUCGUCCAGCGUGGCCCUCGUGCUGAAGAGACUCGCACUGAGCUGCUUCGAAUUGCUCCUCUCAGUUCCUCAGAAUGAGAUCCCACUGGAAGCCUGGCUGCAGUUCCAUGGCUCUGUUCAGGCGGCGCACGAAGCCAUGAUGGAGUACGGGAGCACAGACCUGCAGGCACUGGUCCAGAUCACAGGAGAGGGCGGACCAUGGAAUAACCCCACCCUCGUCGCCCUUCUUACCGAGCAGCCCACAGACGCUGACGAAUUGAACGCUUACCUGGGUUUAGAGGGAGAGGACUUCCUGGAGAUGCGGAUUAAGCAGCUGGAGAAAGUAGGAGAGGUGACGAAGGCUUUGAUUCUCACCAAAGCCUGCGGAAACUGUCACUCGCUGCCUGGUCAGGCCACAUUUCUCCAAACGUACGUCACCCAGCUCUGUCAGCAGCUGCCCAGUGAAAAGGCCAUUCUAGAGAUCGCUAGACUGGACGGAAAGGACGUUCUGGACAUCAUUUGCAAUAUGGAGAGUGAAGGUGAUGAGAGCACAGCCUUCAUCCUUUGCACUACGUAUUUCACGCAGCAGCUGCAGCAGGGAAGCGUGUACUGUUCCUGGGAGUUGACGCUCUUAUGGAGCAAGCUGCAGAGGAGGCUCGAUGGGUCUCUUGAAUUCUUUCUUGAGCGCUGCCUUCAGUUUGGAGCCAUAGCCAAGACUGUUCACCAUCUGCUCUUUCUCAUCCGAGUCAUCCAAACUGAGACGAUGCACCUCGGUGUGCCCGUGGCUGUUGAACUUUGCGUAAAAGCCCUUCAGCUCCCAAAGCAAGAGGGCGAAGAAACCAGAACCGGCAUAUGCAGAACGGCAGCCUGUCUCCUCCUGGAUGACCUGGAGGUGCUGCGCGCCUGCCAGCUAACGGAAUUCCUCCUGAGCCCGUCUCGAGAGGUGUUCGUCAGCCUCGAGGAUCUCUACAAGCGCCCGGAUCAGAAGUACGACGGGGAAAACGUCGUGAUCUCAAAUUCGUUGCGCUGCGAGCUGCUGUUUGCGCUGAAAGCCCACUGGCCGUUUGACCCGGAGUUCUGGGACUGGAAAACCCUAAAGCGCCACUGUGUCAAGUUGCUCGGACAGAAACCCGAACAAGGCGAGAGUUUGUUGUUUGAGGAAGUCGCCAGUGUGCCAGCUGUGGGAAAUGCCCCGGGGGUGAAUGAUGAUGAGAAUUGUGGGGGUGAUGUGUGCAGACGUACAGAAGAAAAGCCAGACCGGGCUGAGGAACAUACUGGAGAUAUAGAGCACGAGGAAGCCUCAGAAGGAUCCCAAAUGUGGCCUCAGUACAAGUUUCUUUGUAAGAUAUGCCAGGUAGAAGUGGUUGAGGAACAGUUCUGUCAUCACGCAGGAAAGCACAUGGAGAAGGAUGUGUGGACGUGUCCCGUGUGCCUGCAAAAAUUCGCCAGCAAACAGGACAUUUUGUUACACUCUGAGAAGCACCUCCAGUCACCCCCUGCCAAAAUUUGCCAUUUGAAAAAGAAAAAAGUGAAAAAGAAGCUACAAACGGAGCAGAAGCAGGAUUCUGAGGCGGAGGAUCUCUCUGACGUCAGUCCUGGCGAGACGCCCUCUCGCCUUUACAGUCCUGUCCUGUUGCCGGAAGCCGCCGCAGUGCCUGAUAAGCAAGCGGACGAUGAUUACAUCACCUUCGAUUACAUCUAUACUCACUAUAAACUGCAGGAUCGAGAGGUCUUCCCAUGUCCCGCCACUGACUGCUCCAGGAGUUUCAAACUCUUCAAGUACUUGUGCGUUCACAUGAAGACCGAGCACCCUCCCGAAGACCCGAACGCGAAACAUUACACGGAGAUGAACAACCGCCGCGAGAAGUGCACCUUCUGUCGCCGAACGUUCGUGACCAAUCACCACCUUCAGCGGCAUCGCCCCGUGCACUACGGAGACUGUCCCUUCAUGUGCUUGGUCGCCGGUUGCGCCGCCCGCUUCGACUCCAUCCACGACCUCAUCGCGCACAAACACGGCCACGGCUUCCGCCUGGCCUACCACUGCGCGCUGACCGGGUGCAGCCUUUCCUUCUGCGACCUCGGUCAGCUGUACCAUCACGAGGCUCAGCAUUUCCGAGACGCGGCGUACGCCUGCACCAGCCCGGGCUGCAAGAAGUUCUACUACUCCCGUCAGGAGUUCUUGGAGCAUCUCGCCACUCAUGGAAUCAGCUUCACCGAGAAGGACUUCGAAGAGCAGAGGAAAAGGAAACUUUUGCUGGCUGGUACAGAGGAGCCGCCUGGCUGUAAUGUGAAUCAUGAAUCAAAGCUGGAAUACUUAAACGGAGCACAAAUGAACCCUUCACAGUCAUGCUUACAAGGCAAAGAAUCCAGGAAUUCCCAGACAUGCGUGGCUGUCUGUUUUGAUGGCACGACGUAUACCUGUGGUUUGGAAAAAUGUGGUCGGACCUUCAGCAGAGCCAGAGAAAUCCAGAAGCACUUAAAAAUAGUUCAUCCUGACCAGUUCUUAAAGAACAAUACAGGAUGUAAAGAAACAGAACCUGAACAGCACUUAAAGACUAAAUCUGUAAAUGAGCACGAAGCUCAGGAUAAAAGUCCGACCCUUGGAUGUAGUUUGCCAUCCACUCCCUUGUCUCCCUCGUCAGUCUCAGAUCCGGCACUUUCCGACACGGAGCCUUUUUCAAAACUCAGUACUCGUGCUUGUCAGUCUGAUCUCAGUUGCUUGCUGACCGAAAUAAUCUCAGGACUUGGUCAGCUCAGCCUCAGUUCCGCUGUCCCCAGAAACCUCCAACGUAAGUCUUGGAGACGUGCUUCCAAACCGCCACGGGUGACCAGUUCCAGUACUGGAGAUGCCACGCCACCGAGCAAGCUGUCGCCAUCCAAAGUGACACCGAGCAAAAUCAAGCUAAGAUCCCAUCCUGCAGCUUCUGAUGUGACGAAGAUGGAAUCCCCAUCUAAAGCAGAGCCUCUUUGUGAAGGAGGUCAGCCAAAGAGCAGCCUUGCACAGGACACGCCCAAGCCUUUCGCUUGCGAAGUUAACGGCUGCAGCUACAUGAGCGUUACUAGUCUCGCGCUUAAGGUGCACUAUGUCAACAAGCACGGCUAUUCCCAGAAGAAGGUGCAAAACAUGGAUGUCUUCGAUCCGCAGUUUAAGCCUUUUCGGUGCCACCUCUGCUGCAAGGACUUUAAAGAAAAGAAGCAGCUGAAGAAACAUCUUCUAGUGCACGAUAUAACAGACGGAACAGCCAAUGAGAUUCUCGACUCGUCAACCUGCAUCGAUAGAAAAGCAUCAAAAGUCUCAGCAACCCCAAAAACGACUGAGCUCCCUGUUGAGAAGAAGGACCUGCCCAUUAGGAACGGCAUACCUCUUAACGGAAACCAUCGAUUAAAGCACCAGACGGAUGUAAGCAAUGGGGUCAUGAAGGACAAGCCUUCAUCGCAGCAAGGCACAUCUAAGGGUCAAGCCUCUGUAGAUGGAGCCACGGUUCAGAAGCGGACGAGUAAACAUCCCACAUCGAACACGGAGCAGAGUUCGGAUGAGGUAAGGGAAGACAAACCCUGUACCUGCAUACAUAAAGACUGUGAUGCUACGUUCGCUAAACGCAACCGUCUCCUCCACCACUUGGUGAGCGUCCACCACUACAAAAGGUCACAAGUUUGUAAGGAACUGAAGGGCAAAAUCUUCCCUUGUGAGCGCAAAGGAUGCAGUAAGCUGUUCAACCAUCUGUCCAGCAUGAAGAGACACUUCAGUAGACGCCGGUGUGCGUCCGAGGAACCCAUUCCAAGAUUUAAAUGCACCUACGCCAACUGCAGCGAAACCUACCACCUGAGGAGCAGCCUUUUGCGCCACACCAGCCAAAUGCACCAGAAUCCGUCUCCGCCAAAGUCUACAGCCUCGUCUCACGGUAAGUUUGAUGCGAGCUACAGGCACGGCAACCUGUCCGGUUCUCUCGUGGUUCGCCUGCAGAGUACUCAAAGAAGAGAAGGAUCCGAAAGCGGCUGCCAAAAAAAGCUCAUCAUCACGCCCACCUCGGAACCUCUGGAAGAAUCCCAAAGGUUACCUCUCAACCUCAAGUCUGUGAGAUUGUGCCGUAAGGUCGAGGACGUCAAACCCGUGGAGCAGCCGGAGGUGAAACCGAAGUUCCUCCACAAGCUGGUAUACCGGACCCCUGAGGAGGCAUUGCAAAUGUGUCAGGAUCGGUGCCUACCCGUGGCUUAUCCGUGCAUGAUAAAGGAGUGCGUGUCUGUGGUCGGUACCGAGAGGAGCCUUUAUCGACAUUACAUACAGUGUCACAAAAUAACUCGUACAGAAGUGUUCAGCAAUCGCCCCAAGUUAUUCUAUACCGCCGAACAGCUUGAAGAACUGAUCCACAAGAAGUCAACAAUAUCUGCUUUACCGGAUUCAGCAAGGGUCCCGAGUGGGGUCCUCAAAAUGGAGUAUCAGGCCAACCCCGAAAACUCUGAAGUCUCACGCCUUCACAUCAAAAAGGAUCAUCAAGAAAAACCUCUGACGAGAGAGUCGCCUCCGGAAUGUAACGUUCUGAUUGGUGCAGACGACGUCCUUUACGGAGAAUCUAACGGGCAUCCAGAGGAGAUUGUCGACAAACAUACCACAGAGAAGACGCAGCAGGCAAAAAACGACUCCUCAUCCCCUCCUCCGGUGCCACCUCUCGACCUUUCACCACCAUCUAACCUUCGCAUACGUUGCAGCGGCCCUCCAGUCGAACCUCCGAGCAAAGAGAGCAAGCCAGUCGCUCCAGCCACGAUCUACAUCCAUGCGAACCCCACACCGACACGUCAACCCUUAAAGUGGAAGAAUUCUGUACUCUCAGAGCCACCUCCCCAUGCACCACAUUCGCCGGGCACAGACGGUGUAACACCCACUUUGGGCUCGCAGGUAUUCGACUUGGGAGCUUAUAGACCUUUAGGCUUCGAGUCGUCCUUUCUUAAAUUCAUUCAGGACAAAGACGAGACCGUUUCAGGUUACAGCAACGUGCGGAGAGUGGUGGUCCUCAAUCCCGUCCGUCGUCCAGACCCUCCGCGCAGACGCAGCUCCUACAGACGCAAGUACUCGGUCAAGGAGAACAAACUAAGAGCAGUCGCCCGCAGUCGGGUACCACGAAUGUCGCCCCGGAAGUCCCUGCUUUCCACGGUGGAGCGCGGCUCUAUUAAAAACCUGCGCUUCAUUCUGGAAAGGGCUUUGAUGGGAUGCGGUGACCAGGCUAUAAAACAGCUCCAGUUUCUCAAGCCUGUCGUGGUUCUGGAGAGACCAAAAUCUUUUGCAUCUUCUGUCCAAACUGGCAGCUGAGAUGUUUUUUUACAUACAAGUUGAAGCAUUAUUUGGGACUUAAUGGGGAAUAAUACUUCUUUGCCUUGUUCUUUUUCCGAUUUGAAAGAAUUAUGCUGUAUUUUUUUAAACGCUCUUGGUUUAAUAUUUCAAUACGGCCAUAAUCCACAUGUUUACUUGUCAGAGCAAAUAAAAGUUGGGGGAAAACGCUUGUUUAUUGUGUGUUGAUUGCAUUAUUGGGAGUGUUAACCUGUUGGUCAUUGUUUACUUUAGCUUUGAAUGUAGGUCUACAAUUUCUGUCUGUAAUUAGAUCCAAAUAUUGAUCCUUUUGACUAAUUGGAGGGUUAUUAUUCGAAUUCUAAUUGCCCUACAUUUUGGGUGGGGUGAAUAAAACACUGUCCUCGUGUAACCAGGUGACUUUUCUCUGUGCCAAAUCACAAAGUGGCAUUAAUGGACUUUAAUGUUUAAUGAAAAUCAUCCACUUGCGUGAGCCGAUUAAAUGAAACCAUUCAGUGACCAAUCAGGGACUUGGUAUGAACAAUAUGAUGUAUACAUUCAGGUAUAUAAGUGUUGGGUUACUGCAACAGUUCUUUUCCUGUGACUUGAUUGUUAUUUGUAUGGGCUGUAUCCCUUCAACAGACCCUUUGAUUGUAACCAAAGAGUUUGAUUUGUUUGAUUAAAACACAGCAGUUUGCUCCCAUAA